AAUCAUGGAGGUAGUUGUUCUAUAUUCGAAAUCUCCGCCAUAGGAUGAAGAGGCAGCAUAGAGAGGAUUCGUCUUCUCGCAGCAAGAAGGCCCGUGCCCCUAGUAUAUCGGACGAAGAAGGUACUAACGGGUGCAUCAACUCUCCGAAGAAGUACAAAAGUCCUCCUCGAAAGGCUUUGUUGAGACGUCCUUCACGUGAAGACAGAUCAGUUGAUAAAUAUGACCAUCAUGGUUCGAGACAAACAUUCUUACUUCGACCUAAUCCCGCAGCAAAGUUUGUCAGUAGCAACAAUUCCAGCCGCUCAUUUAACCCUCACAGGUAAUUUAUAAGUGAUGUAUCUAGUUUGCGUGAGUUGUUCCGAGUACUCAAUCGUGUUAGUACCUGUUGCUAACACUUUGGAUUUCGGUCAUCAUUGUUCAUAUUUCAUGCCAUUACGUAUUUAUGUGGUUCACUCAUUUUGCAGUCGCUAUUGUAUCAUUUAUUUGUUAUUACAAUACCAAUGUCACUCAUAUUCAUCAUGCAUAGUACAUAAGUUUUGUCCUAAUUAUGGGUUUAAAUUUUUCUGUGGUGGAGCAUUUCUUAAGCAAUUAUGUCUUUUACUUAUGACAAUGGAGCAGAUUUCCGUCUUGUAGCAGCUACAGUUAUUCUUGUCGGAGUGAUGGAUAUUAACGGUCCAUACAUUAAAUGCAUUUAAAAUUGCUCAAAUAACAUCUUGUUACUUCAAUUCGUAAUGGAGAGGAGCAAAUUGCAUUUCAUAUAUAUUAAAUUGAGAUAUCGGAAUGAUAUGUCCUCGUCCACAUUCAGGCUUUUUAAUUCUAAAAAUCGAGAAAAUAUUUCGGGCAUUUAAAUUGUCGUUAACUCGACCAUGUUUGCUAAAAUGCGUCCGCCUAAGUGUAGGCCACAUUCGUCAGAAAUGAAGCUUUUUGUCAUAUAAAAUCUUUUAAUUAAAAUGAAUCUAUCAAGUUUUCUUAAUGAGAUUGUUCCAGCUGAACAUAUGAUCAUGAAAACCUACAUUCUUAUGCUAUCACUCAUAUGAAAUGCUUUUCCUGCAUUUAUCUCAACUAAUCUGCACAGUUGUCCGAAUCGACUUAAGGCAUUUGCAAUAUCAUUUGAAAUUAUUCAGUAUCUAAUGUCCACCUCGUAUUGCUGGUCCAGUUUAGUUAACAAGUAAUUUCAUAGAUAGUCGCAAUUUUAGUGAAGAAUAAAUAAAAUGUAUCUCAGCAAAAUAAUGUGCACAUGGUGUCCAGAAGUACUAAGAUUAUAACUGAUUUUUUUAAAUGAUCGACGAAAGUUCUGUAAGAAACAUCAGAAUUCAAAAGAUGCACUUAUAACAUCUGGAGAAUAUUUUGGUUGUCCAGUUUCAGUAAGUUCAUUUAUGGUAAUUUUGUAAUUUGUUCAAUACGCAGUUAAUUCAUACUCUUUGCUUGGAAACAAGUUAUAAAAGCAUUAAAGUGUCUAGUCAACUAACCUUUCACUUCCAUUCGUUGCCACUAUUAAUCUGUAUCUCAUUCACUGAACUAAACCCUUAGCACAUCUAUAUGUCCCGCUGUGGUUUUUGUUAGGACUCAUCACAAGGCUGGUGGUAAUGUUUCGUCAAACCACUUCAGUUUCAUGAACCACCACUGGUCGUUUUCAUGUGUUCACUUGUCGGAUUUUACCAAGACAAAGUAAACUAUUAUUCCUAUUAAAUAGUCGAGUUACUAAUAAGUUAUGAAUGAAGUUGUUAAUAUAAUAAUGAGCUAAAUAUUGUUUCAUUGUAUAUGCUUUAGUAUAGUGAUGAAACAUCUAGUUUGUCCUUUAUUAAUCAGUACCACGAAGCGUAGGGAGCAUAUCCAAGUUUGACGAAAUCAUUAAACAUAAGAAAAUGGAAUUCACAAUAUUAUCCCAAACACUUCAGUAGCACAAUGAUUUUAUAAGAACUUUUGUUAAGAUUUGAACGACCAGUUAUGAAGGAUAAUAAUAAGAAGUCAUACUCCUAGGAAUCUCCGCUACCAGAAUUUUAGUUGACAGUGUGGUCACUCAUCAAAGUCUGACUAGCGCUUCCAAUCUACUGAAACUCCAAUCACUAGUUUUACAACUAUUCCUUAAGUGAUGCAGUGAUUUGUGUGCUUUUUGAAUGCCUUAACUUAUCUGACUAGGUUAUUUCAAUAAAUACAGUUCUGGAGGAAUUCCUCUUAGUGUUUAAUUGUUGUUUUGUGGGAAUGUAUUCGUUUGUGACACAACUUAAAUUAACAACUAUGACUGACUGACAAUAUAGAGCGUCAGGAUCUCCGUUCUUAGAAGAGUGUUUCCUAGAAAAUACCAAUUGGUAUGAAGUUAUCUGGAGAUUUUGUUGUACUGAGAAUAUAAAGGCAGAUCUUCAAAGUUAUGUUACAACUGUAUCAUUUUGAUUCGAUCGGAUGAUUCAAUUCUACAUGACACUGUUUGAAACGCGAAUAGUGCAUGGAAUGUACGUUUCACCAUUGUUUUAAAGUCAGUACUAUUGGGGAUUUCAGAAGUCAAACUUUACAAAAUUGUCGGAAAUAGGUAAAGUUAAAUGAAUAUUCAAGUUCAAAGAAAUCCUACGUGCCAUCAAGUGAUCGACUAUCUAGUCAUUCGUCAAAGUCCUUGGUUAAUUCUUCUGGUCGAGUCAAUCCUAUGUUGGCAGCAAGUCUUGCAUCAUCAGGAAAAUUACCAAACCUUCCAAUUCCUCUUGGGUCCAAACGGGGUUCAUCUGCAACGGUUGCGGCCGUAGCCGCAGCUGCGAUGAACGCAGCCGCAAUGGCUGCAGCAUUAGGUGCUGGGGGUGUAAUAUCAAGCAAACAAAUGUCACACAUAACCAAAGCACUGGCAUCUGCUACUCGGACUGGCCGUGAUCGCCAUGAUUCAUCGUCACACAGACCUCCCCGGAGUUCCAGCGAUAGGUAUACAGGUGAGGAUUCAAGAAGCAGUCGUCGAAAAACAACUAGUAAGGAAAAAGAUAUGCUUAGCAUUUUCAAUGCUCGUUACGCUCGUCCAGUAGAACAUCGCAAUCCCGAAGAUGAUCCUAAUGCAACAAGAACAUUAUUUCUGGGUAAUUUGCCACCAGAUGUCGAGGAACCUGAACUGAGAAAGCUUUUUGAACGUUAUGGUAUAAUUGAAGAUAUUGAUAUUAAGCGCCGUGAACUAGAAACUGGAGCAACCGCAUUCGCUUUUGUUCGAUAUCUUAGUCUAGACAUGGCACACCGUGCAAAAGUUAAUUUAUCUGGACAAAUGAUCGGUGAAUACAGAUUCAAAAUUGGUUACGGAAAAGUUAUUCCUACACGAUGCCUAUGGGUUGGUGGAUUGGGUCCAUGGACGAAUUAUCCUGAGUUCGCAACCCUUGUUAAUAGUAUCAGCGCACCUGAGAAAAUCAUCUGGCCGUCUGGUAAAAACUAUGCCCAUAUUCUUUAUUGUGAUAGCGAGUCGGCUGCUAUUGCAGCUGAUCUUUUACGUGGAUAUCCGUUAGGAAAAAGUCAUAAACGGAUCCGAGUGGACUUUACUGAUGAGUCACAUAUGUUUAGAGAUCCUAAUUGGAAACGGCUUAAAAGAAAUUCGUCCACAGAAUCAAGUCCCAGACAUUACUCACCCAGAAGAUCACUGACACCUCGAGCAAAACGUGAAGAUUCUUUUUCAGACAAUGCCUACUCUCGUAAUAAUCAUUACUCAAAAUAUAAACGCGACCGAAAGACGUAUGCUGAUAGUGACCGGAGUCGUUCUGCUUCGUCAAGUCAUAGGCGAGAAUCUGGCCAUAGAUCUAGAAAAGCUACACAUGAAAGGGCGCCUAAACGUAGUCUAAGAGAUCACUCACUGAGUCCUGAGGCUGACUCGACGCGUUUUGUUUCGCGUUCUCCUUCGUCAUCGAGAUCUCGCAGAUAUUCAUCUUCUUCCUCGAGAUCACCUACAUUAGAAACAUCCACAAACGUAGAGCAGUUAGCAUCUUGCCUUCCUUCGGCAUGGGAUGGGUCGUUUUAUCUAAAGUCGAGCAGUUUUCAGUGCCAAAUGCAUAUUUUGAGGGGUGACAGAAGCCUUGUCGAUCAGUUCAUGUAUCAGGGAUUCAAUUCAGAAGCAUCUGCGCAUUCGAACGAAACUCGGCAUGCAGGUAAAAAGUCGAACAAAGAUAAACAUACAUCAUUAGAUGACAUUGAUUCUAGUGAAUCUCAGGAUGAUGCACAUGGUAGCGCUAAAAGUAGUUGUACAAACAAAGACCAGGUAGUUUGUUUACGUAUUACUCAACGAAUGAGACUAGAUCCAGUGAAGUUAGAUGAUGUGAAUCAGCGCAUUCAGACAGCCGGUUCCUCUGGGUAUUGCAUUCUUUUGGCUGUACCUCCACAUUCGGUUUCAUGCAGUGAAGUUGGAGAUGGCGAUAAGCAACCGCAAAGACCGCUUCGAAAUUUAAUUGGAUAUUUACGUGCAAAAGACUCCGCAGGAGUGGUUCUUUUAAAUCCUGGUGGCCAAAACUCGAACGAUUCUUCUUCCCCUUUAACUACAGAAACUACAUCUGGGGUGCUGUAUGCAUUUCCACCCUGUGAUUUUGCUUUGAAUCUAUUGCGUGAAAGCGCUCCUCAGCUAGAGAAAGAUUAUGGUAAAGAUGAUUACCUAGCUAUAAUACUAAUUCGUGGGGCCGGAGUUGUGUAGACAAUACCCAAAGAACCAAGCUUCCAAAUGAACUUCUGUUGGCAACAAUGUUACUCGCUAAUGCGCCCUUACUUUGUUUUCUGUGCGAAAAAACUAACUUUUCUUACUAGUGUCAAGCUUCAUUAUGUUACACCUCCUAAAAGAGCAUUUACAAAAAAGACGUUUGUUUCUGUACUUGUUGUAUUUCAGAAGAAUCAGUGGAAUUAAUACAUAUAAUAUUCUUU